AUGUUCAUCGCGCUAUUGGACGAACGUGACAUUCUGAGCUUGUCCGCGGAGCAAUUAGAAAUCGUGCCGAAAGUGAUUCUUAUAAAAAACUUUUCUCGGUUUGUGGAUCACGUGUGGGAUAGGCUACCGGAUCAUUUAAGAACGGAUCCGGAAGUGCAAGUGCGUAAUAUCAUGGAUGCCAUAGUCGUAAUAGUGCGCCGCUAUAGAGAUAAAUCUGAAGAUUCAGACUCAUCGAGUUCUGAUGACGAAUGGAAAGCAAUAUUAUGAAAAAAAAAGCGUAAACUUCGCUCGCGAAUUCAGAAUUAUAUCACUGUUGUGGAUAGCUACAUGGGAUUCGACUUCAAAAGUCAUUUUAGAAUGUCAAGAAUGACUUUUGAAUAUCUUCUAGAAAUACUCAUGCCAUAUUUAAUAAGAAAAAUAAAAGGUUGUCCGAUGAUCCCACCUCGUCACCAGUUAAUGAUAGCUAUUUGGAAAAUGGCGACUAUGGAUUCCUACAGAUCUGUUUGCGAUCGGUUUAAUGUUGGAAGAGCAACUGCAGUUCGGGCUGUGCGCAGGAUCACCCAUGCACUUUUUUUAAAUUCUUCAACAUUUAUUAAAUGGCCUAUUGGUGAUCAUGCUGUAAGGAUUAUGCAAGGAUUCGAAGAAAGCAGUAGAUUUCCGAAAACUAUUGGAGCCAUUGAUGGGACUCAUAUUCGAAUUGAUGCUCCCAAAGAAAAUCCUGUUGAUUAUAUCAAUCGUAAAGGAUUUCAUUCGAUACAGUUACAGUUGGUGUGUGAUCACAGAACGUUGAUCACACAUUGUUAUGUUGGUCAUCCUGGCUCAGUUCAUGACCAGCGAGUUUUUCGUCAAUCUGAGAUAGCCAACUAUUUGAAUGACGAAAAUAAAUUUCCACUCGACAGUCAUAUAUUGGGAGAUGCCGCAUAUGAGAUUCAUCAACAUUUAUUGACUCCCUUCAGAGACAACGGACAUCUCACAGCAGCACAGAACAAUUUUAAUUAUCGUCUGUCAGCAGCCAGAGUGACUGUCGAAAGAUGCAUCGGUCUGUUAAAGGGACGUAUGAGGAGUUUACUACAUUGUCUGCCUAUGUCAAGAGUGGACUUAAUGGCGGAAUAUGUGGUAGCGUGCUGUGUGAUCCACAAUAUAUGUACAUUAAGAAGUGAUGAAAUUGAAAUUAUAACCAUACCCCCAAUUCCAUCUGAAUAUAAUAGAGAUCAUGAUAUUACGUAUCAAGGAAGACAGAAUGUUGGCGGAAUUGCCAAAAGAAAUUUGAUUAUGAAUACUUUAUAAUAAAAGAAAACUUUUCAUAAUAAAGAAAAUUCACUUA